CGAACCGGUAUUGUGGACACGCGAGAUUGUCUUGGUUCCCCCUCAUCCCUCAGUGUCGCCGGUGACUAAAGGGAAAGUAGGUUGCGGUCGUCUGGUUUAUAUCUGUACCCGAGGUCUACGACCAUGCCGUCCGAUCUGGCCAAGAAGAAGGCGGCGAAGAAGAAGGAGGCCGCCAAAGCUCGCCAACGCACCAAGAAGACCGACGAGCUGAACGGAGAGACUGAGACUGAGACUGAGAUUGAGAGGGCAGAGGGCCAGGAGAACGGAGAUGAGAAUGGGGUGGACAGCCUGACCCAGGAGCUGGACGAGUUCGAGCUGAAGAAGACGGAGGCGCGGGCGGUGACGGGCGUGCUGGCGUCCCACCCGAACAGCACCGACGUGCACAUCAGCAGCCUCUCCCUCACCUUCCACGGCCAGGAGCUGCUGAGCGACACCAGCCUGGAGCUCAACUCCGGACGACGCUAUGGCCUCAUUGGCCUCAACGGCACAGGCAAGUCCAUGCUGCUGUCGGCGAUCGGCUACCGCGAGAUCCCCGUGCCCGAGCACAUCGACAUCUACCACCUGACGCGCGAGAUGGCCCCCAGCGACAAGACGGCGCUGCAGUGCGUGAUGGAGGUGGACGAGGAGCGCAUCAAGCUGGAGAAGGAGGCCGAGCGGCUCGCUCACGAGGACUCCGAGUGCGAGAAGCUGAUGGAGCUGUACGAGCGCCUGGAGGAGCUGGACGCGGACAAGGCAGAGGUGCGGGCCUGCCGGAUCCUGCAUGGCCUGGGCUUCACCGCCGCCAUGCAGCGCAAGAAGCUCAAGGACUUCAGCGGAGGCUGGAGGAUGCGCGUGGCCCUGGCCCGGGCCCUGUUCAUCAAGCCCUUCAUGUUGCUUCUGGACGAGCCCACCAAUCACCUGGACCUGGACGCCUGCGUGUGGCUGGAGGAGGAGCUUAAACAGUUCAGGCGGAUCCUGGUGCUCAUCUCCCACUCUCAGGACUUCCUGAACGGCGUGUGCACCAACAUCAUCCACCUGCACCAGCGGAAGCUCAAGUACUACACGGGUAACUAUGACCAGUACGUGAAGACCAGAGAGGAGCUGGAGGAGAAUCAGAUGAAGCGGUACAACUGGGAGCAGGACCAGAUCGCACACAUGAAGAACUACAUCGCACGGUUUGGCCACGGCUCAGCCAAGCUGGCCCGACAGGCUCAGAGCAAAGAGAAGACCCUGCAGAAGAUGGUAGCAUCGGGCUUGACAGAGCGCGUGGUAAAUGACAAGACCCUGUCAUUUGUUUUUCCUCCCUGUGGGAAGAUACCCCCUCCGGUAAUCAUGGUCCAGAACGUCAGCUUCAAGUACACUGACGACGCGCCUCACAUUUAUAAUAACCUGGAGUUCGGUAUAGACCUGGACACGCGGGUGGCCCUGGUGGGGCCCAACGGGGCCGGGAAGUCGACGCUGCUGAAGCUCCUUACAGGAGAGUUACUCCCCACAGACGGCAUGAUCAGGAAGCACUCCCACGUGAAGAUCGGCAGAUAUCACCAGCACCUGACGGAGCAGCUGGAGCUGGACCUGUCCCCCCUGGAGUACAUGAUGAAGUGCUACCCCGAGAUCAAGGAGAAGGAGGAGAUGCGCAAGAUCAUCGGCCGCUACGGCCUGACGGGCAAGCAGCAGGUGAGCCCCAUCAGGAACCUGUCCGACGGGCAGAAGUGCCGAGUCUGUUUCGCCUGGCUGGCCUGGCAGAACGCCCACAUGCUCUUCCUGGACGAGCCCACCAACCACCUGGACAUCGAGACCAUCGACGCGCUGGCCGAUGCCAUCAACGACUACGAGGGCGGCAUGAUCUUGGUCAGCCACGACUUCAGGCUCAUCCAGCAGGUGGCGAAAGAGAUCUGGGUUUGUGAGAAGCAGACUAUCACCAAAUGGAACAGAGACAUCUUGGCGUACAAGGAGCACUUGAAAUGCAAGAUUGACAAGCAGACGCAUGACAUCUAAGAUCUUCCAGACGCCGCCACCCAGAACUCUGUGGACUCCAUUACCAUCAACCUACCACCCCCUCGGUCUCCAUAGCUAUUUUUCAAGAGCAUGCAGAAACUGCAUAAUGGUUCCCCACCCCCCCCACCCCAGUUCAUACUGCAUCCUGAUUGGCUGGUGACCUGACCCAUCUGCACCGUGCAAGGAUCAAGCCCUUGCUUUUUACGUUUAUCCAAACAAACAAAAAAAAGAGAAGAAAAAUUAAACUGCAACUCUGUGCACUUAACAGUUUAUUCAUUUUAAUGUCCAUAUCUACAACAGUACAAAUCUUAGGAACGUAAUAACCUUGGAACGGAUCAAGUUUUCUUUCUCAUUCUGAAAGAGCUUUUAUUUUGUCAUUUAUUUAAUGUUGUAUUUGCAAUAAUGGGUUUGUCUGAAUAAACAAGUAAACAGAA